UUCUCAUCCCAUCCUUUCUCAGUCCAAUUUUCUCAGCAAUCAAACAACCCUAAGAAAUCGCCCGUCGCAUAGGGUCGAAGUUCUAACACUCUGCGCUUCGGUCUCCAAAGCGGGCAAAGUUCUAACUGAGCUCGCGCCUGAGCUGCCUCUAAGAAUUAAGCAAGCUCUUUUUAACUUGCCAAGUUUUCUUAUCCCUUGUCUUCCUUCGUUUUCGGUUCAUACAGUGUUUUUUCUCUGUUCUAUUUGAUCUGCAAAUGUAAUUGAAGAAACGUUUAGUUCUACUACGGUGUUGCUUACCAUGCAUCCGCUGUCUGUCUGUCUGUCUGUCUGGGUUUGGUUUUAACUUUCUUGUCUAUAGCAGAACUAAUGGGAGAAGAGGAACAGAUGCAGCCUGCUUUAGAGAACGAGGCAACUGCUGAAACUACAGAUGGUGGUGAUGUAUUUUCUUGGCCCGUGCUUCGGUUUGAUAUUCCGCCAAAGAGAGUUUGCCAUUUAUACCAACAGUUCAGGAAAGCUUCAAACCCUAACAAUUUUCUGAAAGGCGUAAAAUGGUCUCCCGAUGGUUCGUGUUUCCUGACGAGUUCCGAGGAUAAUACACUUCGUGUAUUUAAUUUACCAGAUAAUGUGGAUGGCAGUCAUGUAGAUGCUUGUAUUUCAAAGGCAGAUGAAGAGAGAGGUGUGCUGACAGUGCCCAAAAAAUCUUACGGACAAGAUAACAUUUCUAAGCAGUUAUCCAGGGUCAAUUGGCAGUCAAAAUUAACUAAUAAUUUUAAGAUUCAUACUUUGCAAAUGUUGUUGUUGGUGAAGGAGAGUCUGUGUAUGACUAUUGUUGGUAUCCCUACAUGUCUAUUUCAGAUCCAACUACCUGUGUAUUUGCAAGUAGCACCCGUGACCAUCCUAUUCAUCUCUGGGAUGCCACUUCUGGCCAGCUGCGUUGCACAUACCGGGCUUAUGAUGCCAUGGAUGAGAUCACUGCUGCCCUUUCAAUUGCUUUCAACCCCACUGGAACUAAACUGUUUGCUGGAUACGACAGAUCUAUUAGAGUAUUUGACAUACAUCGCCCUGGUCGAGAUUUUGAACAGUAUUCCACACUUAAAGGAAAUAAAGAUGGGCAGAGAGGUAUUAUUUCAGCAAUUGCCUUUUGCCCUGCUCAUACUGGGAUGUUUGCAACAGGUUCUUACAGCCAGACUACUGCAAUCUAUAGUGAAGAUAAUAUGGAACUUUUAUAUAUCUUGCAUGGCCAAGAAGGUGGGGUUACACAUGUUCAAUUCUCAAAAGAUGGAAACUAUUUAUAUACUGGAGGUCGAAAGGAUCCUUAUAUAUACUGCUGGGAUAUACGCAAUACACUUGAUGUUGUGUACAAGUUAUACAGAUCAUCAGAGCAAACAAACCAGCGGAUAUUAUUUGAUAUCGAGCCCUGUGGUCAUCAUCUUGGUACAGGAUGGUCAGGUUCACAUUUAUGAUCUUCAAACUGGACAAUGGGUAGCAAGCUUUCAAGCUGCAUAUGAUACUGUAAAUGGUUUCUCUUUCCAUCCAUUUUUGCCUAUUGCUGCUUCAUCAUCAGGACACCGGAGAUUUGGCAUGCCUGAUAGUUGUGAUAAUGAUUUGAACUUAAUUGGUGAUGAGAACUGUGUUUCUAUUUGGAGUUUUGCCACAAUGACAGAGAAUGCUGCUAAUGGAAACUGGGGAGAUACCAACACUCAGUCCGAGCAUGAAGACCUACGUCAACAUUCUUGAGUCAUUCUAUACCAGUCUUUUGUAAAUAUUUAUCCCAAAUUGAUGUAUUAGGUUAUUAGCGUCUAUGAUAGACUAUCUUAUGAGCGUUCCUUUUUUUAUUGUGUUGUGCCUUAUUAUUCACAUGUAUUCCUUUGACAAAGACGUCUAGCCAAAUUUAAUCCAUUUUGGAAGGUCACUCAUAGGACUAGUACCGUCUGUUUCAUGCAUAGGAAUAUAUUCAUGAACUACGAUCCAAAUAUAGUUGAAAUAUUUUGGAAUGAAAAAUUUUCCUUUCCUA